GAGUCAAUCAGUUGUCUCUAUAUACUAUGCAAGUUAUUAAAGCGUGCUAUAAAACCGCAAACCAUAAUCUGAUUAUUAUUUCUCCUUCCUAGAAUUUAAUACUAUAUAGUGGGUAAAAUCCACACAUUUAAGCACAUAUGGGGAAAUGUCGCGUGUUGUAUGUAAUGAAGUGCAAUAAUUUGCAUCUUAAAUUGAUCUAUAGAAACAUAUAAUUUAUAUAUGAAUUAUAGAAAAAGAAAUUAUAUCAAUUAAUAAUAAUUAUCCUAUGUAUUAAUAGAUUUGUCAUUUACUUUAUUACAUGCAAUGGAACAAAAACCAAAAGAAAAGAAUUCACUUAUUAGAUUAACUAAUGAAAGUGCAAUGGAUCAAGAAUCUAAAGAAACAUUGAUAAAAAAAUUGCAAGCCAAGUCGCAUGCUCUUUGUCUUUUAAAUCAAGAACUCGAUCAAUGUAGAAUACAAAAAGAUCAAUAUAAAUCUAUGGCUGAAGAAGUACUAGAAAAAUUUCUACAUUUAGAGAAACAGCUAAACGAUACGAAAGGAUCAAACGGCUACAGUACUGAUAAUGACUUUAAUACGUUGAAUCUUCUAUCAAAAUCAAGAGAACAUAACAAAUGUUUGAUGUUACAAGUCGAAAUAUUGAAGCAAAAGUUACGCGACGUCCAAGGUGAUAUUAAAAUACUACGAACGAAUAACAAUCGUAGUAAUAAAGAACAACAGGAAACACAAUAUACUUCCGCGAUACAUCAGAAAGAAGAAAUGAUUGAGCAAUUAGAAAAAUUAAAUAUAAAGUGUUCACAAUUACAAAUAGAUCUACAAACUGUUCUCGAUGAAAAAUAUGAAUUAGAAAUGGAAAGAGAUGCGUUUAAAUGUAAAGCACAUCGGUUAAAUCAUGAACUAUCCAAAGCAUUGAAUGCAUCUAAGCCAAUUGAUGUAGAUGCUCUUAUUAAUGAAAACAGAUAUUUGCAAGAAAGAUUACAACAACUAAUUGAGGAAAAGGAACUCGCAAGACAAUCUCUUUCAAAAUAUAAAAGCAUGUUGGAUAGUAAAAGAACCAAAGAAACCAUUAAAUUUGGUGUUAAUCCUGCUGCUGGAAUGGUGAUGAAACACAAACAAGUCGAGGAACUUUUACAGCAAACACGAAAAUCUACUGUUGCGAUAGAAGAAUUACAUUGUUUGUGUACUGCUCUGAUGGAAGCCUUGAACGAUAAAACUUUAGCUUUAGCUCAUCAGAAAAAAGCCAAUAAAAUCUUGGCUUUGAGAAUUUGUGAGUUGGACAGUAUGAUAGAGUCGCCAACAAAAACAUUAUUGGAAGGCUACACGAGUUCGGAUGUUGACCAAAAAAGUAAUAGUCUUCGUAAUGAUCUAGACAACAUAUCUGAACGUACUACAGAAAAUAUCAAUGAAAAUUCGACUGAUAAAAAAGAAACAAUUGUAGAUAAUUCGUCUUCGGAAAUACAAUCAGAACAUAUUACGCAAAUGAGUCUUCCUAAAAAUUUAGAAAAUUUAGUUCAAAAAGCACUAAACAAUUUAAAAAACACCAACAAACACGACAAAUAAAAAUUUGAUAUAUUUUAUGUGCAAAAAUAUUACGAGGAUCUGAAAAAUAUCAAGAAAAUAUCAAGAGUCGUCUCUGAACAAUAGGUUGUGUUAUUUUGUUUGAUAACCGAUAAAUCAAAUAAUAUUUAAAGUAUAAUACAUAUAAAAAAAAAUAUGUAUGAAAAA